AUGUCACUUGUGGAGCCGAGAGAAGGCUCUGGCCGCAGUCUUGUGAAGCGUCAUGCAUUCGGAAUAAAGCCAGACGUGUAUGGAUGUCUCAAUUGGGUGGAGGAGGGAACUCUCAUGUAUCCAGUGGGAAAAACAGUGGCAGUCCACAAUCUCGGUGCAAACACACAACGUUUCUUUGAGGCUGGUAUUCGCAGUUUUGGUUUGACCGCACUUGCGGUGAGUGCCAAUAAGAAAUUCAUCGCCGUUGCUGAAGGAGGCGCAGUACCGCAAAUUCAAAUCAUUGAUUCCGUUACCCGAAAACGGCGAAAAGUAUUAACCGUGCAGGAUGUAGAUAGUGACCGCUUUGUUGCCAUGGACUUCAGUUCGGAUGGUCGUCAUUUGGUUACCCAAGCCGGUGGACCACAAUGGAAACUUUACUAUUGGAAUUGGGAACGAUCUAAACCACUUGCCUUUACUUCUAUAGUGGCAGAUAUUAUGGUAGAUGAAAACUUACCUCCGAAUGCAUCUGUUUCUGUUUCUACUUCUGAAUCCCGUGGACGAGAUCACACCACAAAUGUUUCAGCUCCUCCUGUUUCAUGUGUAUCUAUUUGUCCAGAGGAUCCUUUGUUGAUGGCGGUGUCUGGAUUGGGAGUGAUGCGGUUCUACCGGUAUGUGGAUGGUAUUCUACAGAGUCAACCAUUAGCUGGAUAUCCACUGGAGCGUACAUCCAAUUUUUUAACUCAUACAUGGAUUUCAGGUGAACGUGUGGUGACAUCUACUCAGGCAGGUGAAUUAUUACUUAUUGAGGGUGGUGUCUUUAAACGUUUAUUACCUGUACCUCCUCCUACAAUAGCCCAAAGUGAAAAUCCAACUGUUCUUUCUAUUGUGAGAAGUAAAAAUGGAUUUGUUGCUGGAAGUGAUCAAGGAACAGUUGCCAUUUAUGAGGUUGGAGAAGGACUAGAGGAUGAAGAGUACACCAUAGUGUAUAUUGUACCUGUUCCAUUAAGUGAUAAUUCAACAGAAAAAGCAACUAGUCCAGAGAAAUUUACAGCAAAACCUAGUAAUACUUCUGCUACUACUAGUUCUGCUUUUCCUGUUUCUACGGUUUCUGCAAACUCUGGAGCAGCUGAGGGUACAGUUUCAAGUCCAGUAUUAAAAAAUCCUAAACCAAUGUUUAGUUUAAAUACUGGUGUAACACAAGCAACAGAAUCUCCUUCAGCAGAAGAAACUCAUACUUCAUAUCCACGUAGUGAUAUGAUACGAGUAGAUACACGUCGAGAAAACAGUGUGGUAAGACUUGCUCUUGAUCAUUUGGAAGAAACUAUGGUAUUAGCAACUCAUGCUGGACAAAUACUCGCUUUUAAUUUUGCUCAAACAUGGUCAAGACGAGCAAUAGAUGAUCCACCACAAUUAUUUCCUAUAUGUCAAUCAUUUCAUGUGGGUGGAAUUAUUGGAGUAGAUUGUAGUGUACGAAGACCAUAUCUAGUUACUACUGGUGUUGAUAAAAGUGUUCGUAUUUGGAAUACUGCUACACAUCAAUUAGAGAUGUGUCAAUAUUUUCCAUCUCAACCAGGUGCAGUUUCUAUUCAUCCUAAUGGUCUUUUUGUGGUAGUUUGUUUUCCUGAUAGGGUUCGCGUUAUGAGUAUUUUAUGGAAUUGCCUUCAUGAACACCGUGUAUUAAACCUACGUAAUGUUACAGAUGUACAAUAUUCAGUAGGUGGAAAAUACUUUGCAUUAUCGCAUGGAAAUCUUAUUCACUUAUAUAAUUCUCUUACAUGUGAUUUGUAUGGACAAUUACGUGGUCAUCCACAAAAGAUUCACUGUUUUCAAUGGAGUGCUACAUCACCUUAUCCUACAGAUAAUGGGAUGACUUCUUGUUCUCUUGAUGGACUUAUUAUUAAUUGGAAUAUCAGUGAAAUGCGAAAGGAAACGGAGCAUUCAGAUAAACGAUAUCAGUAUCAAGUAAUUGCAUCAGAUGAUAAAAAAGUAUGGGCUGUAGGAGAACCAUCAUCUGCAGUUGUAGAUAUACACUGUAAAUCAGUAUUACGAGAGAUGGAACGAUUUAAUGUUAAUGAAAUAAAUGGAGGUUCAACAAUAGCUGAAUAUGAAUUUCGUGAUAAUUCUCUUACAACUCUUGCUAUUGCUCCUAAACAACGAUUACUUUUUGCUGGUAUGGAUGAUGGAUCUAUAAAGUUUAUGACUUUUCCUUUACAAGUUGGUAUACAAGAAGCUCCUGUGGUGGCACAUAUGAACAAAGUUACUCGUAUGGCCCUUUCCUAUGAUGAAAGUACUGUUUAUACGGUUAGCAGCGAUGGAACACUUUUUAUUUUUGAUGUUCGUGAGGAUGGUCGCACGACCCAGCGUGACAGUGGUUACUAUGGUGAUGAGGUUCUUGUUCUGGCGAGUGAUGUUGAGAAUCGUGAGAUUGCCAUUGAAAGCCUUACCUUUGCGACGAGCAAGCUUCGCACGGAGAUUGAGGGCGAGGAGAAGCGGCGCAACCACGAGCAGAACACGCGGGUGCGGGAGCGGGCGGAUGAGUUCAAGAGCGAAGUGGCCGCGCUGGAGGCGGAGUACGCCGCGCUGUGGUCGGCGAAGGCGGAGCAGGAGCGGUCGUUCGUGUCGGUGAAGCUCGAGAAGGAGGCGGAGGCGGUGCCGCUGCUGGAGGAGCUCGAGCGGGCCGGGCAGGCGGAGGUGCGGCGCCUCGAGGACGCCUGCGGGGACCUCCAAGUCGCCCUCGACGGGGGCCGCGCCCGCCACGCCCAACGCGCCGCCGCCCUCGAGGCGCAACUCGCCCGCGAGCGCCGGGAGGAGGCGGAGCGCUUCGACGACGUUGUGCGGAAGCGGCGCGAGGGACUCGAGCGGCUCGAGCGGCAGGUCCGGCGGGCGAAGGAGGCGAACGUCGAGGCGCGGCGGAGACUGGAACUCGACACAGACGCCGAGCUGGAGAGUAUACAGCAGCGCAAUAAGCGGGAACUGGAGAAUGGGAGGGAGACAUAUCUGCGCAUGAAGGGAGAGGGCGCUAUUAUGCGGAAAAAUGCUCUUCGAAUGGAAAAGGAGGCAGAAGUGCAUGCAAAUGAGUUACAAGUACUGGAAAGUGCAAAGAAGGCACUCACAGGACAGUUGUCCGAACUGAAUCAACGUAUGACACAAUUACAUCAGGAUAUUGAAGAACGAGAUGCUAUUAUUGGUGAGAAGGAAAAGAAGAUAUAUGAUUUGAAAAAAUUAAAUCAAGAACUUGAGAAACACAAAUUUGUACUAGAUUACCGUAUUCGUCAACUUAAAUCACAAAUGGAACCACGACAACGGGAAAUUGCACGAGAACAUAAACGUAUCAAUGAGAAAAAUAUUGAACUGGAAAAUUUACAUCAGAAUAACAUUACACUUCGACAGAGUAUUGAAGAACUUAAGGCAGAUUUAGCACAACAACAAGUUCAAAUUAAACAGACACUAAAUCAAAUGAAAGAUUUUGAGACAUACAAAAGUCGUGUAAAGACUGAUGUUGGUGAAUUAGCACCAGCCAUGCAAGAUCCUGCACGUUUACGGGAAGUGGUGGAACGUUUAUAUCAACGGCAUGUUGUGGCUCGUGAUGGACACCGUGCCGCCCAGGUGGAUCCAGAGAUUAAAGGAGAAUUCAAAUCACAAUUGGAGUACUUAAGUACUUCCAUGGAGGCAUUGCGGCGUAAAUGUAAGACUGAUCAGGAACAACACCGAUGUGAAGUUUCUGCCAUGAUGGUAGAGAAUCUCUCUCUUAUUCGUGAAAUUCAUGAGUUACGGGCAGAAAUCACAGACCUGCGUAAUUUAUCUAUUGCCGCUGCUGAAGAGACAAAACGACAAAAUCGUUUAGAGCGUCUUGGGAAAAAUCCCACUGCGAAGUCUCUGGCGAGUGUGGUUUCCAGUAGUUCUCCAAUCGAAGUGGGAAAACGACCAGAAGCACCACGGGAAUUGGAAGAUAAUCGCACAGAAAUACGUCAACUGAGGGCCUUUAUAGAGUCUUUGCAACAGGCAUUAGCAGGGACAUCUAGGCCAGCAUCCAGUGAGAGUUGUUCUCUACCCCCGAUAAAGUAA